AUGAGCAAAAGCACCAACCUAGACAAAACAGAGGCAUGUUUAGCCGAUGGUACACCGUCUGUAACUGAUUUUUCCAAAAUUGACAGUAACAUGAAGGCAUACAUUGACACAGCAUGUCAAGCAUCAUCAAACACAAUAAUUUUAGCAAUCAAGACAUACAUCGACCAAAACAAUGAGGCACACAAGAAUAUGAUCGCUAAAAUAAAUAAGUGUUUAGAUUUAUGUUUUAAUCAGAUUCAGCAGACUCACCAUCAACAUACCACCAGACCACAACAGCAUAAUGAAUCUAAUCCACAAGACAAGCCUCUUACUUCACAUCACAAUCAUAAGUUUAGCAUUUCACCAACUCAACAAAAUAAAGAACACAGUAGCAUAAACACUGGAACUCAGCAAGGUAAUUGCCCUCUAACACCUCUUCUUGACAACUUGACAGUCAGCUCCAAUGGCUUGCAAGGUACAUCCUACAAGCCAUCCUAUGACAGCUCCUAUACAGUUCCCUUACUAAAUGGCACACUCAAGAUAAAAAUGACCACAUGA